CGAUCGAGAUGCCAUCUUUGAAUCGGUGGUGAUGGAAGAGGCGCGGUGGCGGACAUGUUGGAUUCGAUGAGCUUAGAAACACGGGUUCGGUGCGGUUCGAGCGGCCAGUUUGCGUCUCACGACGGACGAGGAAGCAGCUUGUCGUCGCAGUUCGACUUUCCACCCUGUCCUGGGGCAUUGUCGGCCAAGUCGAUGUUAAGAAAACUGUUAAGAAAACGAUACGUUUUUUCUAUUGGACGAAGUUACAAGCAUGGAUUGGACUUACAAGGGAAGGCAGAAGAAAGUCGAAGGCUUACAUGGGGGGCUUCCGCGCGAAAUCAAGAUCUUGGUUUUAAGCCAACUUUGCCAAGUAUUUAUCGAACGGAAGGGGGAGAUGCACGAGGAAUAGAAGAUUGAGAGACACUGUUGUGAACGAUUCUCGGACUCGUUGUUGGAAGAGGAUCUGCGACCGCCUACCUGGAUCAUCGAUACCGAUUUUUCAUCCAAGGAUACCUUAUAUUCGCCACGCAUGCGGCCAUUCGAGACGCGGUGAAACAUAGGGACAUUUGGACGGACACGAAAAUACACUCUUAUCGAUUCCGCGAAACUCUGAACGAUUCCUUGCUUACCCCGAGCCACGUCGAUAAUUAAUUACGAGGAUUGAGAUUGCACGGAUUCGAGACGUUCUUUAACGAAGGCAGAUUUGAAGGAAAAGUUGCAUCGAGCGUCAUCGAUUUCCUUCGAAGAAUCUCGAUC